CACAAAGAGACAAAGACAAGAAGGGGGAAAUUGCAAGCAAAACGAGACGACUCAGCCGCCACAAAAGCGCCACGUAUACGAUUCCGAUCCACAUUCACUUUCUUCAACGACACGAUAACUUCGCUUCUGCUACUGUCCAUCAGAUCUUCUACGACUCUACUGGUCUCUCUCAUGCCAGUCACUCUAGGUACGCUGCUCUGAUGAGAGCUUAAUGUUUGAAAUCCUUUGUUCUUCCAAUUCAGACGGUUGGUCUAUCGGUUUUUUCGUUUAUUGAGUUAUUUUUUUCUUGAAUCUUACAUAUGUCCAGUUAUGCAACUCUUGAAUUUGAAUCCAACUUUGCAGGAAGAUGGCAGCAUCAUCAGCUUGCAUUGUAGGGAAUAAUGGUUUAUCAACCCAUGAUGACCCAAAAAAGUUGAGCAAAGAAGUCUAUGGCAGGCAUCUUAUCUUUCCUUCAAGAUUUCAGUUAUUAGGUAAGACAUCAAAAGCAGUUCUCAUAAAAGCAUCUUUAGGCCAGAAGCAUGAGGAAGGAAGAGGAAUUCUAAAGCGUGAAGGAAGAAGAGGUUUUUUAAAGCAGUUGCUUGGGAAUGUGGGACUUGUUGCACCCACUUUACUGGGAAAUGGGAAGGCAUAUGCUGAUGACCAAGGGGUUUCUUCCUCCAGGAUGUCUUACUCCAGAUUUUUGGAGUACUUGGAUAAGGACAGAGUCAGAAAGGUUGAUUUGUUUGAGAAUGGAACCAUUGCUAUUGUGGAGGCUGUUUCUCCUGAAUUAGGAAACCGGGUGCAGAGAGUCCGUGUACAACUGCCAGGACUCAACCAAGAACUUCUUCAGAAGUUCAGAGAGAAGAACAUUGACUUUGCAGCGCAUAAUGCUCAAGAAGACUCGGGUUCCCUGUUAUUUAAUUUGAUUGGUAAUCUUGCCUUCCCAUUAAUCUUAAUUGGGGGUCUGUUCCUUCUCUCUCGACGUUCAUCUGGAGGCAUGGGUGGUCCUGGGGGGCCUGGUUUCCCCCUGGGUUUUGGUCAAUCAAAGGCAAAGUUCCAAAUGGAACCAAACACUGGUGUGACAUUUGAUGAUGUUGCCGGAGUUGAUGAAGCAAAGCAGGAUUUCAUGGAGGUUGUUGAGUUUCUCAAGAAGCCAGAGAGAUUCACUGCAGUUGGGGCUCGCAUUCCAAAAGGUGUUCUUCUUGUUGGUCCUCCAGGAACUGGAAAGACUCUUCUAGCCAAGGCCAUUGCUGGUGAAGCUGGUGUUCCAUUUUUCUCCAUAUCUGGUUCUGAAUUUGUUGAGAUGUUUGUUGGUGUUGGUGCCUCUAGAGUCCGUGAUCUUUUCAAGAAGGCCAAAGAUAAUGCUCCUUGCAUUGUAUUUGUGGAUGAAAUUGAUGCUGUUGGAAGGCAAAGAGGUACUGGCAUUGGUGGAGGAAAUGAUGAAAGAGAACAGACCCUUAACCAGCUUUUGACAGAAAUGGAUGGUUUUGAGGGUAACACUGGUAUCAUUGUCAUUGCAGCAACUAAUAGGGCAGACAUUCUAGAUUCUGCCUUGUUGAGGCCAGGAAGGUUUGACAGACAGGUGACUGUUGAUGUUCCAGAUAUACGGGGAAGAACAGAGAUAUUAAAAGUUCAUGGUAGCAACAAGAAAUUUGAUGCAGAUGUCUCUCUUGAUGUGAUAGCAAUGAGAACACCUGGUUUCAGUGGGGCUGAUCUUGCAAACCUUUUAAAUGAGGCAGCUAUAUUGGCUGGUCGACGUGGAAAGACUGCAAUAUCAUCCAAAGAGAUUGAUGACUCAAUUGAUCGGAUUGUUGCUGGAAUGGAAGGAACAGUUAUGACAGAUGGGAAGAGUAAAAGCCUUGUUGCAUAUCAUGAAGUUGGCCAUGCUAUUUGUGGAACAAUGACUCCUGGGCAUGAUCCAGUUCAGAAAGUCACACUAAUUCCACGUGGUCAGGCACGAGGUCUUACCUGGUUUAUUCCUGCAGAUGAUCCUACCCUGAUCUCCAAGCAGCAACUUUUUGCAAGAAUAGUUGGUGGACUCGGUGGCAGAGCUGCAGAGGAAGUGAUCUUUGGUGAGCCUGAGGUGACUACUGGAGCAACUGGUGAUUUGCAGCAGAUCACUGGUUUGGCAAAGCAGAUGGUGACUACAUUUGGAAUGUCUGAAAUUGGUCCAUGGUCACUCAUGGACUCCUCAGCUCAAAGUGCUGAUGUCAUUAUGAGAAUGAUGGCAAGGAAUUCAAUGUCAGAAAAGCUCGCAGAAGAUAUUGAUGCUGCUGUCAAGAGGAUAUCGGAUAGCGCGUAUGGUAUUGCAUUGGGCCACAUAAGGAACAACCGUGAAGCUAUUGACAAGAUUGUGGAAAUCCUACUUGAGAAAGAAACGAUGACCGGUGAUGAGUUCCGAGCAAUCCUCUCAAAAUAUGUUGAGAUUCCUGCAGAAAAUAGGGUGCCUCCUUCAGUACCUUCCCCGGUGACAGUGUAAUUAGUAUAUAUCACAGCAUACUUAUUGACGUUUCGAUCAUACAUCUUCAAGGUUAAAUCUAUAAUUAAUUGGUAA